AUGUUGAACGUCCGAGUGGAGAACUUCAGCAGCUCAUGGAGCGACGGGCUUGCAUUCUGCGCACUCAUCCACCGACACUUCCCAGAUGCGUUCGACUAUGACCAGUUGAGCCCCAACGACCGCAGGGGCAACUUCGAACUCGCCUUCCAAGUUGCCGAGGACAGGGCAGGAGUGGUGCCUUUACUGGAAGUGGAUGACAUGGUGCGGAUGAAGCGACCGGACUGGAAAUGUGUAUUCACCUAUGUUCAGAGCAUUUAUCGACAUCUUCACGAACGACAACAGCAAUCCACCUGAUCCCGAUCACUUUGUGCCAUCCAUUCACAACUACUCUUUUUUUUUAAAUAAGAUGAUUAUAUUCUUCUUUUCCUGAAAUUCCUCUCUCCUUUCAUGCCUUCCAUCUGGCAGUAUUGUCUCUUCAGUGUUCCUUCUUUAUUGUGAUUCUCGUUUAUAAUUUAUUCAUCCUGACGCCUUCUUUUCGUGCAAAAGUUGUGAUACUCGGAUGCACUCUUUCAACACGUUAGCUAGUCUUCAGUGGUGUGUUAAGAAAAAGAAAAACGAAAAUGAAAAAUGAUCACGAACUUAUCCCGAAAAAGACAAAUUUUACCGGCUGCGGUUGUGCAGGAAAAAAAUGAAAGACACCCCUGUUGCCGCCCUCUGGCAUUGUUUCGUACGGCUGAGUUCUUCUUUGUCGCUUUGUAAAAAAAUUGCCACUUUUUUUAUUUUUUUUUUUUUGUAUCUCUCAAAUGCCUAGUCUUAAAAAGGAGGAACUCGUGCCUCCAUCUCUCACGUCUUUUCACGCAACUGCGAUUUUUUUUGCACUGGAACUAACCCGUAUUGACUGACUGACGAAAGAAAAUGAUUGGAAAGACUAACUACAGAAAUAUGAAUCUCACCGCAAAAAACGUAGAUUUUUCCCCCCUUUAGUCUCAUCUAUUGUCGAGCAGUGUCUCUUUUAUGUCGUGACGUACCGUAGUGGGGACCUAGUGAGUCCCAUCCAUGCUUGUCUCCGUCUAUCUAAUACAACGCUGGAUAUUUGUAUUUGUGACUCCUGAUGAGCAUAUUUCAUGGGAAUAAAAGUUUUUGAGACAUCA